GUUUGGGCAGGAGUAAGAUGACGUUGGUCUUCUGCAAUAUGGCAUGUGGGCAGAGAGUGGAAGGGAGCUUCUGUUUCGGCGGGCCUUGCGAGGCUCGUUGUAUAACGGUCACUUAGUAUUAGCAGGUCGUGCAACACAGAUCAUUUGAGCAGCAUGCCGAAGAAGGGUGGUAGCGGGGAUAUGAGGCGUUCCUUGGCGUUGAUUGUACGAAGGACGCGAGAGUUGCUAGGGAAAGGAACGCUGGAGAACAGCUUGGCGGCUGUACGCCGGAAGCUUGUAUAUACUGCUCGGUUAACAAUGAGCACCCUUUCUCUGUCCGCGGACUCCCAUACUGUCAUGCGGUCGGAUGAUGCAAAAGUCGUGGAUUACGGCUGUGUUCGUUCUUACUGACUAGUCAACGAGUGGGAAGUGACGGGCUAAAGAGUUCACUCCUUGGCUCUCUUCAUAUGUUCUCAUUGACCAAGAUUGGUUGACGUUCCCUCUCAAUGGUUUGAGGAAGUUCCUGGAGGAUUGCAGCUUCCGAGGCAUAGAUCGUGUAUGUGUAAGGCCUAACUCUCG